AUGGCUGUCGCCGACAACGGCAAGCGGAUAGCGGAGGCGCAGAAGCUCGCGAAGACAGAACCGGCCAAGGCAGAGCAGAUAUACAAAGAGGUGCUAUCGACAGAUCCCGGAUCCAACGAGGCCGCUAUAAAGAACUACGAGAGCUCGUUGGUCGGCCUAGGCGAGCUCUUUCGUGAUCAGCGACGAGUGGAUGCGCUCGCCGAGCUCGUCAAACAAACGCGGUCGGUGCUAUCCUCAUUCGCAAAGGCAAAGACCGCAAAGCUAGUGCGCCAGCUGCUCGAACUCUUCACAACCAUCCCCAACACCACCGACGUCCAGAUCAACGUUACCAAGUCAUGCAUAGAGUGGGCUGUGUCCGAGCGGAGAGGUUUCCUGCGCCAGAAUCUGGAGACCCGCCUUGUAUCCUUGUACAUGCAAAAACGCGCCUACUACGAUGCGCUCACGCUUAUCAACAGCCUACUCAAGGAGCUUAAGCGAUUGGACGACAAGCUGGUGCUGGUAGAGGUGCAGUUGCUUGAGUCACGCGUCUACCAUGCCUUAGGCAACAUACCCAAGGGCCGAGCCGCACUCACCUCUGCCCGAACCUCAGCGGCGUCGGUCUAUACCCCGCCUUUGCUGCAGGCGGGGCUUGACAUGCAGAGCGGCAUGCUACAUGCCGAGGACGGCGACUUCAACACCGCUUUCUCAUAUUUCAUCGAGGCUAUGGAGGGCUAUCACUCGCAAGAUGAGGCGCAGAAGGCAACGUCAGCUCUGCAGUACAUGUUGCUAUGCAAGAUCAUGCUCAACGCUGGGGAUGAUGUGACCUCACUGAUGACCUCAAAACACGCCAUCAAAUAUGCCGGUAAGAGCCUAGACGCAAUGAAGGCCGUCGCACGUGCACACACCAAUCGCAGCCUGGAAGAGUACGAGACGGCAUUGACCGACUACCGCCAGGAGCUGGGAAGCGAUGCAUUCGUUACGGGACAUCUCCGGCGCUUAUACGACAAUAUGCUGGAGCAGAACCUUAUCAAGGUGAUCGAACCAUUCAGCAGGGUAGAGAUCGAUCACGUCGCCAAAAUGGUGGGCCUCGAUACGGUUCAGGUGGAGCGAAAGCUUUCGCAGAUGAUCCUGGAUAAGGUUAUCAUCGGAGUCCUCGACCAAGGGGCUGGGUGUUUGAUCGUCUUCGAUGAGUCCGAAAGGGACCAGUCAUACGACGCAGCCUUGGGGACGAUUGAGAAACUGAGCAAUGUGGUUGACGUGCUGUACACGAACCAGGCAUCACUGCUGGAGUGA